AUGUCGCUCCUAGGGACGUUGAACCCUAACAUCACCGGCGCCCAAGACGUGCAGGAAUCCCAUGUCGCCAACAUGGAAGCUCGCCGCCAUGAUCCCGCGGCCAGCGUGAGCACCGAUGACACCGCUAACGAGAAGAGCGAGAUUGGCAACGAGGAGUUCACUGAGAUCGAGGUCACCCGCCUGGCCCAGCAACUCACCCGCCAGUCAACACGCUUUUCUGUCUCAGCCCAAAAUGCAGAGAACCCUUUCAUCGAAACCCAUGAGGACUCGACCCUCAAUCCUCACAGUGAAAACUUCAAGGCCAAGAAUUGGAUGAAGAAUCUCCUUGCUAUCCAGUCCCGUGACCCCGAACGAUACCCGAAGCGUCAGGCUGGCCUAGCGUUCAAGAACCUCAGCGUGCACGGAUUCGGCAGUCCCACAGAUUACCAAAAGGAUGUGGCCAACUCCGUUCUGCAAAUCGGUGCCUUGUUCCGUGCGAUGACGGGUACUGGCAAGCAGAAGAUUCAAAUCCUCCGCGACUUCGAUGGUCUCAUUAAGAGCGGCGAGAUGCUGGUCGUUCUCGGCCGUCCUGGAUCUGGCUGUUCGACUUUCUUGAAGACCAUCGCAGGAGAGAUGAACGGUAUCUUCAAGGAUGGCAGCUCGCACAUGAACUACCAAGGAAUAUCCGAUAAGCAGAUGCGCAGCCAGUUCCGUGGUGAGGCCAUCUACACUGCCGAAACCGACGUGCAUUUCCCUCAGCUUUCUGUGGGAAAUACUUUGAAAUUUGCUGCUAUGGCUCGUGCCCCGCGCAACCGUUUGCCGGGCGUCAGUCGUCAUCAGUACGCAGAGCACAUGCGUGACGUCGUGAUGGCCAUGCUUGGUCUUUCGCACACUAUCAACACCCAGGUUGGUAACGAUUUCAUCCGUGGUGUCUCCGGUGGUGAACGCAAGCGUGUCAGUAUCGCCGAGGCCACCCUCUGCGGCAGCCCUCUGCAAUGUUGGGAUAACAGUACCCGUGGUCUGGACAGUGCCAAUGCCCUGGAAUUCUGUAAAACUUUGAACCUGAUGUCCAAGUACUCCGGCACUACCUGUGCGGUUGCUAUCUACCAGGCAUCCCAAAGUGCCUACGAUGUCUUUGAUAAAGUUACUGUUCUGUACGAGGGCCGACAGAUCUACUUCGGCCGCACCACUGAGGCCAAGGAGUUCUUUACCAACAUGGGCUUCCAAUGUCCCGAGCGCCAGACUACUGCCGAUUUCUUGACCUCUCUUACCAGCCCCGCUGAGCGAAUUGUCAAGCCUGGCUACGAGAACAUGGUCCCCCGUACCCCUGACGAGUUCGCCACAGCUUGGAAAAACAGUGCUGCGUACAAGGAGCUUCAGAAAGAGAUCGCCGACUACGAUCAGCAGUACCCUAUCGGUGGCGAGUCUCUCGAUAAGUUCGUCGAGUCUCGCAAGGCUAUGCAGUCGAAGGGUCAGCGUGUCAAGUCUCCAUACACCCUGUCUGUCACCGAGCAGGUCCAAAUCUGUGUGACACGUGGUUUCCAGCGUUUACAGGGUGAUUACAGUUUGACUAUAUCGGCCUUGAUUGGAAACACGAUCAUGGCAUUGAUUAUCGGUUCGGUUUUCUUCCAGUUGCCUGAUGACGUGACCAGUUUCUACUCUCGUGGUGCCCUUCUCUUCUUCGCUGUCCUGCUCAACUCCUUCUCCAGUGCCCUAGAGAUUCUGACUCUCUACGCGCAACGUCCUAUUGUCGAAAAACAAGCUCGCUACGCCAUGUAUCAUCCGUUUGCCGAAGCAAUCUCGUCAAUGCUGUGUGACAUGCCGUAUAAGAUUCUUAAUGCUAUCACCUUCAACAUCACACUCUACUUCAUGACUGGUCUUCGCCAGACCGGCGGCGCCUUCUUCACCUUCCUACUCUUCUCUUUCGUGACUACUAUGACCAUGUCUAUGGUUUUCCGUACGAUCGCUUCUUACUCGCGUACUCUGUCUCAGGCUCUGGUGCCCGCCGCUAUCCUGAUCCUCGGUCUAGUCAUCUACACUGGUUUCACCAUCCCAACCCGCAACAUGCUUGGUUGGUCUCGCUGGAUGAACUACAUUGACCCGAUUGCUUAUGGUUUCGAGACCUUGAUCGUGAACGAGUUCCACGGUCGCAACUUCACCUGCAAACCGAAAUCUUUCAUCCCGGUGGGAGACUCAUACACGGAUGUCGGUCCGUUCAACAAGAUCUGCUCGCAGAAAGGAGCCGUGGCCGGCCAGAACUUUAUCAGCGGCGAGGCCUACUACACUGCAAGCUUCCAGUACUCCAACAGCCACAGGUGGAGAAAUCUGGGAAUAAUGAUUGGGUUCAUGAUCUUCUUCAUGGCCACCUACCUCAUCGGUACCGAGUAUAUCUCCGAGGCGAAGUCCAAGGGUGAGGUUCUGCUUUUCCGUCGCGGCCACGCGCCCAAGCACUCUGGCAACUCCGAGGAUGAUGUCGAGCAGACACACGCCGUGUCUUCUGCCGAAAAGAAGGAUGGUUCUAGCUCCGAUGGCGAAGAAACCACUGCCGCAAUCCAGAGACAGACUGCUAUCUUCCAAUGGCAGGACGUGUGUUACGAUAUCCAAAUCAAGAAAGAGGAACGUCGCAUUUUGGACCACGUUGACGGCUGGGUCAAGCCCGGUACCUGCACUGCUCUUAUGGGUGUUUCCGGAGCCGGUAAAACCACUCUUCUGGAUGUCCUUGCCACGCGCGUGACAAUGGGUGUCGUGUCCGGUGAAAUGUUGGUUGAUGGCCGUCCUCGCGACCAGUCUUUCCAGCGCAAGACUGGCUACGUCCAGCAACAGGAUCUGCAUCUCCACACUACCACGGUCCGUGAGGCUCUCCGCUUUAGUGCUAUUCUCCGCCAACCGCGUCACGUUCCCCGUCAAGAGAAACUCGAUUACGUCGAGGAAGUGAUCAAGCUUCUUGGAAUGGAACACUAUGCGGAUGCCAUCGUGGGUGUCCCCGGUGAAGGUCUCAACGUCGAACAGCGCAAGCGUCUUACUAUUGGUGUCGAACUGGCUGCUAAGCCACAGCUGCUUUUGUUCCUCGACGAGCCCACUUCGGGUCUUGACAGUCAAACAUCUUGGUCUAUCUUGGAUCUUAUUGAUACCUUGACUAAACACGGUCAAGCUAUUCUCUGCACUAUUCACCAGCCCUCUGCCAUGCUCUUCCAGCGGUUCGAUCGUCUCCUAUUCCUCGCCAAGGGUGGUAAGACCGUGUAUUUCGGAGAAAUCGGCGAGAAGUCCUCCACGCUUUCCAACUACUUUGAACGAAACGGUGCGCCCAAGCUGUCUCCCGAGGCCAACCCCGCUGAGUGGAUGCUUGAGGUAAUUGGAGCUGCCCCCGGAACCCACAGUGAGAUCGACUGGCCUGCCGUGUGGCGUGAUAGUCCUGAGCGCAAGGAAGUCCAAAACCACCUCGCCGAGCUCAAGUCCAACCUCUCUCUAAAGCCCGUUGCCACAACGGACAACGACCCAACCGGCUUCAACGAAUUCGCCGCACCGUUCACCGUCCAACUCUGGGAAUGUCUCGUCCGUGUGUUCAGCCAGUACUGGCGAACCCCAGUCUACAUCUACUCUAAAAUUGCGCUCUGCACCUUAACAGCGCUCUACGUCGGUUUCUCCUUCUUCCACGCCCAGAACAGUAUGCAGGGACUCCAGAACCAGAUGUUCAGUGUCUUCAUGUUGAUGACAGUCUUCGGUAACUUGGUGCAACAAAUCAUGCCGCACUUCGUCACCCAGCGCUCUCUCUACGAAGUCCGCGAACGCCCUUCCAAAUCAUACUCUUGGCAAGCCUUCAUGUCCGCAAACAUUAUUGUCGAACUCCCUUGGAACGCCCUCAUGUCCGUCCUUAUCUUCGUCUGCUGGUACUACCCCAUCGGGCUACAACGCAACACCAGCGCCGACGACCUCCACGAGCGCGGCGCCCUGAUGUGGCUCCUCAUCCUGACCUUCAUGAUCUUUACCUGCACCUUCGCGCACAUGAUGAUUGCCGGCAUCGAGCUCGCCGAAACAGGAGGCAAUCUCGCCAACCUGCUCUUCUCCCUCUGUCUGAUCUUCUGUGGUGUCCUCGCCACCCCAGACAAGAUGCCCCGCUUCUGGAUCUUCAUGUACCGCCUCUCGCCAUUCACCUACCUAGUCUCUGCAAUGCUGUCGACCGGUACAUCCGGCGCAAAAGUUUUCUGUGAGCCCGUCGAGAUGCUCCACUUCGAGCCCACUGCCGGCAAGACCUGUAUCCAAUACAUGGCCGACUACAUCAACAGAAGGGGUGGUUACCUCCUGAACGAGGACGCCACUAGCGACUGCACUUUCUGCAGCAUCGAUAGGACGGAUACUUUCCUCGCGAGCGUGCUGAGUUACCAGAGCGACGCGUGGCGCAACUUCGGUAUCAUGUGGGCGUUUAUCAUCUUCAAUAUCUUUGCUGCUGUUGGCAUCUACUGGCUUGCUCGUGUGCCCAAGGGAACACGCAGCAAGAAGACCAAGACUGCUUGA